AUGGCUCCUAGCCGGAGUUACAUCGCCCCCUUUCCCCGACCAUCUUCAGCUCCUUCCGCCAGAGGGACAAGCAGGGCAAGCAGCGCUGCGCGGCUGAGGCACAUCCUGUCCGCUGAGGUCGGCAUUGAAGUCACGCCAGCGUGCGAGGGGAGUACACGUCACUGCUCAGCGGUUGAUGGGGGCGACCAUUUGGAGGGAACGGGAAGACAAAGUUUGUCUCCAUGGCGUCGCAACUUGGGCGUGCGCCCUACAAGCUGCACUUCUCGGAAGAGUGCUUGGACACCAGACGGCCGACGGAGAGAUAGGUGGAUGCCGAAGCUCACACGGCAGCAACGGGCAUGGGGCGCCAAAGAGAAGCUCGAUCGGCUUAGCGCGCCAGCCCUGCGGGAGCUUCGCAUGAACCUUGCCAACGUUCGUGCCUGGAUGCAAAGUGGGCAGGUCGUAGAGAAGGCUGUGGAGGUGCAGAAAGAGGAAGAACCGCUUGGUGGCCCGAUGGGUCGAGGAGCCGGCGACCUUCGACCCUGUGAGCCCACGAGAGGUCGAGGACGCGGAAGGGGCUCAGGGGCUCCCUGCUGA